CUGCGCCUGUAGCCAGACCAUGGUGUACCCGCCGCGGUUCUGUGACAGGCAAGCACCACAAAAACACCGUUGGACGUUCGCGGCUGCGCACUGACAGCUGCUGCCAGCGACUGCAGGGCAAGGAGGAAGGAUGGGGUCCCGAUUAAAGGAGAACCCGGAGUCCACCUUUGAGGUGUAUCUGGAGGUAGCCCAUCCAAGUUCCCACAGCUCUGCACCUGAAGUGAAAAGGCAGUUCCCCGAGGACUACACAGACCAGGAAACUCUUCAGACUGUGCCAAAGUUCUGUUUCCCCUUCAGCAUGGACAGCCCGUCAAUCAACCAGGUCGGACAAAACUUCACAUUUGUGUUGACUGACAUCAAGAGCAAACAGAGAUUUGGCUUCUGCCGACUGUCCUCAGGUGCACAUACCUGCUACUGCAUUCUCAGCUAUCUGCCCUGGUUCGAGGUCUUCUACAAGCUACUUAAUAUCCUCGCAGAUUACACAAUCAAAGGCCAGGAAAGCCAAAGGCAAGAGCUCCUGGUGUCACUGCACGUGCUCCCUAUCCCUGAGCCCAGGGUCCCUGUUCAUCUUGGCGUGCAUUCCUUCUUCACUGUGCCUGACACCAGGGAACUUCCCAGUAUACCGGAGAAUAGAAACCUAACAGAGUAUUUUGUCGCAGUAGAUGUCAAUAACAUGCUUCAUCUGUACGCUAGUAUGCUUCAUGAACGUCGAAUCCUCAUCUGCUGCAGCAAACUAAGCACUUUAACGGCAUGUGUCCAUGGAUCUGCAGCCAUGCUCCAUCCAAUGCACUGGCAACAUGUUUACAUUCCUGUCCUUCCUCAACAUCUGUUAGACUACUGCUGUGCCCCAAUGCCCUACCUCAUUGGAGUACAUUCCAGCCUGAUGGAGAAAGUUCGAGGGAUGGCUCUAGAUGACGUGGUGGUCCUGAAUAUUGACACAAACACCAUGGAGACCCCCUUUGAUGACCUUCAAAGCCUGCCCAACGAUGUGGUUUCAUCAUUAAAAAGUCGUUUAAAGAAGGUUUCGACAACAACAGGGGACGGCGUGGCUCAAGCCUUCCUCAAGAGUCAGGUGGCGCUGUUCGGCAGCUACAGGGAUGCACUGCAGAUAGACUCGGGAGAGCCAAUAACAUUUAACCAGGACACUUUUUUAAAUCAUCGGUCCAGUGCCAUGAGACAGUUCCUGCAGAGUGCCAUUCACCUGCAGCUCUUCAAACAGUUUAUCGACGGCCGUCUCGAUCUGUUGAACUCAGGAGAAGGUUUCAGUGACAUCUUUGAGGAGGAGAUCAGCAUGGGUGAAUAUGCAGCCAGUGACAAGACCUACCACCAGUGGCUGUUCACUGUGAAGAAAGGGGGUGGGGCCAUUUUCAACACAGUGAAGACCAAAGCAAACCCAGCCAUGAAGACUGCUUACAAGAUCGCUAAGGACCACGCAAAAAUGCGUAUUAAAGAAGUGAAGAGUCGUCUGAAGCAGAAGGAGCAGGCAGAAAAUGGCGUCUCUACAGGAGGGUCCACAGUCAUCAGUGACGACAGCACAGAAAGUGUCACCUCGUCUACCAGUGACGUCAGGGGCCAGAGAGAGGGGCCACUGCGAACCUGGGAUGACCACAGGCCCAUCACUGUACACUUUGGACAAGCUUGGCCACCUAUGUUACUGAAGAGACCAAACAGCAAUGUGAGUCUGGACUCCAGCAUUGACCACUCUCUUCGUCCCACUCGUCACUACACAGUCUUUCUCUCGGAGGAUUCCUCCGGAGAUGAGCUCCAGUAUGACAAUGACUCCGUCUCUGGGCUUCCUGACAACUUUCUCUUCUCCGUCCCCUUUGAGUGGACGCCUCUGCCUCAGCCGUACCACUCCCUGAAGGAGAUGGAUCUGAUAGAAACGGAUGAUCGCGGUUCUGGUGCAGAGAGUCACACUGCCCCUCCCAGCCCUGUUAGUGAGAAGGUCUCUAAUAUCAACUUGCUGGGCGAUGUCUUUGGCUGCCAGGAUGAACCAGACAACCAAUCACUCACACUGGCAAAAAGUCUCGAGGACUUACGGACUCCAAAAGACCCUGGAGAUCUCCAAGCCAAGUUCACGUACCAGCGCAUGGACCUGAGUGUUGGCAAACACUCGCGCACAUUUCCAGGCCUCAAGCUUUCCAACCCUCACAACACGCUGUGGAGCGUGGCUCAGGACGAAGCAGCCCUGCCUGUCUGUGCGCCUCCUGUCUGUGACACUCUGCCGUCUGUGCAACUUCCUGCAAGGACAGGAAGCCACUCCCCGAGUCACGAGAGCUCUGCCUCGGGGCCCGACCCGCUGGAGCCUUGCAAUCCUGGCAACAUAACCAUCCCACGUCCCCACGGGAGGAAGACGCCGGAGCUCGGUGCCGUCCUCGUACCCCCCAUGGCUCAGUCACGCUCAAAGGUGGGAGGAGCUGUUGAAGGAAGGACUACAUCAGGGGGACAAGAGUUCAGGCAAGCCCUGACCAUGACUACAGAUGGGGAACUGCUGAGGCCCAAAGUAGGUGAGGACAGUAUAGAUCUGAUCCGCCUCCUGGACCCCCUUGACCGCUCGGCACAGACUAGUUCCGCUUCACUAAAUGACGGGGUAGAUGUCGCUAUGUCGUCCUCCUCCCAGUUUCAGUCUUACCCACAGGGUUUGCCUCCGUUCCCGCUUCAUCCUCAUACUUCACUCAACCCUUUUGUCCAGUCUCUGCAGCACACUUCCCCUCAAACACAUUUCUCACCCGCAGUGGGCGGCAGGAACCCCUUCAGUGCAGUGUGCGGGCCUCCGCCGGGCUCGUACCUGCAUACCCCCCCCCAGCCUCAGGCCUUCUCUGCACUACCAGGGAUGUACAGACAGCACUCACCUGGCAGUUCGUCUCUGCCGCUCAGCCACGGACUGCUCCACUCGACCUUCCCCUCCUUUGACGCCGCCCUUCCCCACUCCUCCGCCAGUAACCAUGCGCUCUCUAGCCUCGUGGACUCCUUGUCUGUCUCUAGCACAGCCAUGAACACACUGCCAAAGCCACUCAGUGCAGAGGGAGACAGCCAGAAGACUCAGGAUCUUUUUGGGGACCUGGUGACUAUGGCCAAGCCAGCGACCCCCCAAAAGAAGAAGGUGGAAGACCUGCGAAGGAGGUGGGAAACAUUUGACUAAAUGACUUAAAAAGUGAAUAAGUCACUACAUUAACUUGCCCUCACUAUUGCAUCAGGACCUUGUUUUGCUGUAAGCGACACACGAGCUAUGACGCUCUCUUGUUGUGCUAGAGGUGAUUGACAUUUACAGACACGCUGAGUACAGCAGCUUUCUCUGUUCCAAAAAAAUAAAUGCAGAAAAAAAGAAAAAAGAGUAGCUGACAACACACUGUACACGGGUUGAGGCAGUUUGUCCAAAAAAACACACACUUGCACCUGCUUUUUUCUGCAGUGG